AUGUACUCGACUGGCAUAAUCACUAGAGUCUCGUUCGCUCGAACUGUCUAUUUUGUAUUUAGUGUCUCCGAAGAGACAAUGAACAUUGCGGUACGUUCAAAUCACGUUCCUGGGUAUGAAGCAGUCAAAUCACGUUGUAGGCCGAUAAACGUACCUGGAACAGCUAAUGUCGUUUGUGGCUACAGGUUACGAGAACCCGGGAAAGGUGGUUUUCACUCUGGCAACCAUGCUUGCCGUGUUGGUUACAGUAGCAGCAGUGACCGGAUUCGCGAACGUGAACUAGAUUCAUCGAAUUUUAUCUUCAAUGCACAAGCACAAGCUCGUCAAGAGAAGCACUUACGUGAUACGAUCAAUUUCAUUCAGAGAACAAAGAAGAAAUCGGAAAAAACUCAAUUCGACAUGAAAAUUAAAUUAGGUAUUGAGGCAUAUGAUGUAGAUUUGAAUCGUCGUAGAGAAAAACUUCGAAAUUUACUUCUUCGGGAGGAAGAAGCUUUAACUGAAGAAAUAAUGAAAAAUGCUGAGGAGACUCGAGAAAACUACCAAGAGAAUUUAAAAACUCAAAUCGAAGACUCUCGAGUAAGAGAAGAAAAUGCUAGAUUAUCUUUUAUAAAAUCAAAACGAUAUCAGCAAUUUCUCGAUAUGUGUCCAGAAGCGAAAGAUUAUUUUACCAAGAAAACCAUCAAAAAUAUCAAGUACUGUAAUUUAAUGCAAAUCGCUGAUAAUAAUGCCAGAAAGAAUGAAGAAAAAAUUCUCGAAUCAAUGUGGCAUGAACAAAUGUUGAAUAAUGUAAAAGAGAUAAAGUUACGUGAAAAUGAGGAGGCGAAAAAGCGAGAGAUUGCAAUUUUGGAUUUAGAGGCUAGUUUGAGAAAGCAAAUUGCUGGCAAAGAGGCGUUGAUGUCCGAGGAAAGACGACGCGUGAAGAAAGAGCAAUGCGAGUAUGUUAGAAAGAAUUGCGAGGAACAUCAAAAAGAGGAAGCGUCACGAUUCGAAUUGAAGAAAAAUAAAAAGAACGAGCUGAAAAGGGAUCUGAAAGAUCAAUUGAAAAUGGCACGAAUGUGUCAGGCUGAGCGUGUCUCUAAGGAGGCUGCAAUGGAACGCACGUUUCAAGAUCUGAUUGAAAAGGAAUUGGCAAUGGCGAAAAGAGAAGAAAAACUCUUAUCAAACGAUCUUCGAAAAGAACAGUUGGCGUAUUUAAAGAGUGUUCAGGAAUUCCGGGAACAGGAAACAAGACGAAAUGCCGAGGUUGAGGAAAUUGUUGGUAAGUACGAGAAGGAUGCCGUGGAGAUGGGACGUCGUGCAAUGAAGGAACGAGACGAGGCUCGUGCUCGUGAACUUCAAAAAGUCCUUGAUAUACGUAGAAUGCAGUUGGAAGAGAAAGAAGAAAUUAAACUAAACGAAAAGGAGAGAAUCAAUCGUGAACGUGAUGUUUUAACGAAACAACUUGAGAACGACGUUAAGCUGAUGGAUUACGAGAGAAAAUUUAAGAAGACUGCAGCAUUACGCCAUCAAAUGGAUCUUAUCAAUCAGAAAAAUUAUUUAAAAAAUUUAAGAAUUCGUGAACGCAAUGAUGUCGAAAAUGUUUAUCGGAAAUAUCAUCAAUGUGAGGAGGAGAAAUAUCAGAGGCUCAAGGAAAAUUUACUGAAUUCUUGAAAUACAUUUUUACA